GCUUCCAUGAGUAAAUUUGUUAUUUCAUUUGUAAGGAUCUAAACCAUAAACAAUCGGAGUGUGAGCUCUGGGUCCCUAGGGUUUAGGCCACUGUUCUUCACUAAAAUGGCAGCAAUCUUAAAGCAAACCUCUAAGAUCGCGAGACAAUUGUCGAAUAAAAAAUUGGUAUCAACAGCAAGUUUCAAUGGCGCUCUCUCUCUCUUCCCACGCGCCACCAUCAGCGGCGGUUCCGUUCGGUUUGCGUCGACGUCAAGUUUCAGCUACCUCGAGAAGAAAACAGCUCCUCGACGGUUACCGGCGGUGUACAAAUUCCUCCUUCAAGCGGACGAACGAACUCAUUCUACCGGAAAUGAACCUAUUCCGAAAAUAACCCUAAGUCAUGUUUCUGUGAGCUUUGCGGGAUAUGUUGACUCUAGAAGUCAUACAGAAGACACUAAUACAGCAAGCACAAAGACUAAGACAAACAAGCCUAACACGAAGAAAGGGAAGAAAGGAAAUCAGAAGCCAAAUACUAGUGCAGCAAGCAAAGCUCGUGUUAGAAGCAUUAACACAGCUGGCACAAAAAUUAUUAUGAAGCUUGAUGUCAAAAAUGCUCAUUGGUUGAGUGAAAGAGUCAGGGAGAGGAUCAUGCUCAUGGAAAAGGGUCGGAUCAAGGAUGGGGAGCUUGUGCUUACUUCAACUAAGACUAGAAAACAAGAGAAUAAUUUUGAAGAUAUUGUGGCAAAAAAGCAGAAAUUGCUGGGGAAAUUUCAGGAAAUAAUCAAUGCUGCUUCAUAUGCUCCGCUGCCACCUUCUGACGGGCUUGCAAAAAAACUUUGUAAGUUGGCUGUCAUGGGGAAGGAAAAGAAUGCUGCAUGAAGAGCAAGUGCAUAUAUAAAAGAAGUUAUAACUAAUGAUUGAUUUGUGAUAUCAAAAAUUUGCUGAAGAACUCUAGCCAAUAGUUUCUUCUGCUGUUGAUUAUUAUUGAAAGACGUGAGUGUGCCAGUCCUUAAAAAUCAAGACCUAUUGGCGAAAGACUAGCACAAUUUGUUUUUUAUCCACAUAUGACUAGAUGACAGUUUCACAGAUGUCGCGUAUUAGCUUCUAGCUGUUUUCACUCAUGAUUAUAUUUUCAUAGGCUGUAACCGCAAAUUUCAUUGCUUCUUAGAGCAUGAACUUCAAGGGCUGUAAUAAAAAUUAAAGUAAGCGAGCAUGUUAAGUUUUCAAAUCU